AUGAUCCCACGAUCGUUCCUGCGUGCACGAACGGUAUUCACUGCCUUCGUGCUCGCUCUCCUACUCGUCUGGACGAUACCAAGAUGGAAUCUCAACGCGUACCUCCCCAAACCCGCCGGAGUGCAGCAAAGCACCGCGCAAUCAUCCUCGCAGGGUGACUUCUGGCGGAAUUUCCAUACCCUGCUAAAGAAACACGCACCCAAUACACCACCGAUUGUUGAGAAAGAAAAGGCGCCCACUGCAGGGUUCAAUGCCAAAAAUGCACCACCGCGCCCGGACACACUCUCCGUGCCAAAGGAAGACAUAGCGGCCAUGAAAAAGGCGCACGCCGGGUUCGUACGCGCAAUCAAAGACUCACCACCAGCUCUCCCCUACACCCCAGGGACAAAAGGAAUAGUCUCAACAGCAGGCGGAUUCUACCUCCCCGUGCUAGUGAUCUCCCUCCGCAUGCUCCGUCGCACCGGCUCAACUCUGCCCAUGGAAAUCUUCCUCUCAGAUGAAGAAGAAUACGAGCCCUACAUCUGCGACACAGUCCUCCCCUCCCUGAACGCGCGAUGCGUCGUCCUCUCCCGCAUCUUCACCACAUCAUCCGCCAAGAUCGCAAAAUACCAGUUCAAACCCUUCGCAAUGCUCUUCUCCUCCUUCGAAGACAUCCUCUUCCUAGACGCAGAUGCCUUCCCACUAGAAGACCCAGCCCACCUCUUCACCCAAGAUCCUUACCUCUCAAACGGUCUCCUCACAUGGCCAGAUUUCUGGGCUUCCUCUGCCUCCCCGGUCUUCUACGAUAUCACAGGCCAGAAACCCCCUCCAAUGGAUCUCCGCCAGUCAACGGAAUCAGGUGAAAUUCUCCUCUCCAAGAAAACCCAUGCCAGAUCCCUGCUACUCGCUACUUACUACAACUUCCACGGCCCGGGUCACUACUACCCGCUUCUCUCCCAAGGCGCCGCCGGCGAAGGAGACAAGGAAACCUUCAUCGCAGCGGCAACAGCCAUGGGCGAAUCCUUCUACCAAGUCAGCGAGUCUAUCUGCGCCCUCGGACACGCGGCUGAAGGUGGAAUGGCUGGCUCUGCAAUGGCGCAGUUCGACCCGAUACAAGACUUUGCGCUGACGAGUAAUGGUGUCUGGCGCGUGAAGGGUGACGAGGGUGCUCCCCCGUUCAAUCCUGCUACCGUCUUUGAUGAACAUUAUGUUAAUCCUGCGUUUGCGGAUGAUGGGAAUUAUACGCGUGCUUGGACGAUUCCCGAGCAUGUGGUGCAGAAGUUCAAUGCAAAGGUUGAUGUUGAACGUGGGUUUUGGGAGGAGAUUCUUUGGACGGCUUGUGAGCUUGAGGAUAGGUUUGAGAGUUGGGCUGAGUAUGAAGGGAUUUGUGAUGGGGUGAAAGAUUAUUGGAAUGCGGUGUUUGGGAAUUGA